CUCAUUCCGAGGCGGGCGGGCGGGCGGGCGCGGAGCGCUGCGCGGGCGCGACGGACCGUCCACCGGCCGGGGAUGCCGCUCGACGCGUCGUGGUCCUCGGUUCAGUGAGCGCCGCUCGCCGCAGCCAUGACGGUAGAGUUCGAGGAAUGCAUCAAGGACUCGCCGCGCUUUAGGGCAACCAUUGAUGAGGUAGAAACCGAUGUGGUUGAGAUCGAAGCUAAACUGGACAAGCUGGUCAAACUGUGCAGCGGCAUGAUCGAAGCUGGCAAGGCGUAUGUUACCACCAACAGGCUCUUCGUGAGCGGCGUCCGAGACCUGUCCCUGCAGUGCCAGGGUGACACCGUCAUUUCGGAAUGCCUGCAGAGGUUUGGAGACAGCCUGCAGGAGAUGGUCAACUAUCACACGAUCCUGUUUGACCAGGCCCAGAGGUCGGUGCGGCAGCAGCUCCACAACUUUGUGAAAGAGGAUGUGCGCAAGUUCAAAGAGACAAAGAAGCAGUUUGACAAAGUGCGGGAGGACAUGGAGUUGUCCUUGGUGAGGAAUGCCCAAGCCCCAAGGCACCGGCCCCAUGAAGUAGAGGAGGCCACAGGUGCCCUCACUCUCACCCGGAAGUGCUUCCGCCACUUGGCACUGGACUACGUGCUCCAGAUCAACGUCCUCCAGGCCAAGAAGAAGUUUGAGAUCUUAGAUUCUAUGCUGUCUUUUAUGCAUGCCCAGUACAGUUUCUUCCAGCAGGGAUACAGUCUUCUCCACCAGCUGGACCCCUACAUGAAGAAGCUGGCAGCCGAGCUGGACCAGCUUGUGAUAGACUCUGCCGUGGAGAAGCGUGAGAUGGAACGCAAGCAUGCUGCCAUUCAGCAACGGAGAUUGGCUGCAGGUGGGAUAAAAGAGCCUGGCAGUGUUGGGGAGCAGCGUCAUCAUUCACUGGAUCUCCCUGUUUCUUCUCUUUUCCCCUCCCUCCUGCUUGGGCCUCAGACACUGCUGCAGGACUUUUCCUACGAUGAGCCAAAAGUGGAGUUUGAUGUGGAUGCACCAAGUGGCGUGGUAAUGGAGGGCUACCUCUUUAAGAGAGCCAGCAAUGCCUUCAAGACGUGGAACCGACGAUGGUUCUCCAUUCAGAACAGCCAGCUGGUCUACCAGAAGAAACUCAAGGAUGCGCUGACUGUGGUGGUUGACGACCUGCGUCUAUGCUCCGUGAAGCCGUGUGAGGACAUUGAGCGGAGGUUCUGCUUUGAAGUUGUGUCACCUACCAAGAGCUGUAUGCUACAGGCUGACUCUGAGAAGCUGAGACAGGCUUGGGUUCAAGCUGUGCAGGCCAGCAUUGCCUCUGCCUACCGGGAAAGUCCAGACAGCUGCUAUAGUGAGAGGCUGGACCGCACAGCAUCACCGUCAACAAGCAGCAUUGAUUCCACCACGGACUCUCGGGAACGUGGAGUCAAGGGCGAGAGCGUGCUGCAGCGUGUUCAGAGCGUGGCUGGCAACAGCCAGUGUGGCGACUGUGGCCAGCCAGACCCUCGCUGGGCCAGCAUCAACCUGGGUGUGCUGCUCUGUAUUGAGUGCUCCGGCAUCCACAGGAGCUUGGGUGUUCACUGCUCUAAGGUACGGUCUCUGACACUGGAUUCCUGGGAGCCAGAGCUGCUAAAGCUGAUGUGUGAGCUUGGAAAUAGUACCAUGAACCAGAUCUAUGAGGCCCAGUGUGAGGGCCCAGGCAUUAGAAAACCCACAGCCAGCAGUUCCAGACAGGACAAAGAGGCAUGGAUUAAGGACAAAUAUGUUGAAAAGAAGUUUCUGAGGAAGCUGACCUCUGCACCAACCCGAGAAGCCCCAAGACGCUGGAGGGCACAGAAGUGCCAGCGCCCUCAAAGCUCCCCCCACGCCCCUACUACCCGCCGCAAGGUCCGGCUUGAGCCUGUCCUGCCCUCCAUCGCUGCUUUGUCCUCAGCUGGCACUGUGGAGCGCAAGUUCCGCCGAGACUCCCUCUUCUGCCCAGAUGAGCUGGACUCCCUCUUCUCCUACUUUGAUGCAGGGGCUGCUGGGGCUGGUCCACGCAGUCUAAGCAGUGACAGUGGUCUCGGAGGCAGCUCUGAUGGCAGUUCAGAUGUCCUGGCCUUCGGCACAGGUUCUGUGGUGGACAGUGUCACCGAGGAAGAGGGUGCUGAGUCUGAGGAGUCCAACAGUGAGGCAGAUGGAGACUCGGAGGCCUGGAGCCUGGCAGAUGUGCGUGAGCUGCACCCUGGGCUACUGGCACACCAAGCAGCACGGACUCGCGAUCUCCCUGCACUGGCUGCAGCACUGGCCCACGGAGCUGAAGUCAACUGGGCUGACGCAGCAGAUGAGGGCAAGACGCCACUGGUACAGGCUGUGUUAGGGGGUUCCUUGAUUGUCUGCGAGUUCCUUCUGCAAAAUGGGGCUGAUGUGAACCAAAGAGACAGCCUUGGCCGGGCACCCUUGCACCAUGCUACACUCUUGGGCCGCACUGGCCAGGUCUGUCUAUUCCUGAAGCGGGGGGCUGACCAGCAUGCCCUGGACCAGGAGCAGCAGGAUCCGCUGACCAUCGCAAUUCAAGCGGCGAACGCUGACAUCGUCACACUACUCCGCCUGGCCCGCAUGGCUGAGGAGAUGAGAGAAGCUGAGGCGGCCCCUGGCCAGCCAGGCCCCCUGCCAGGAAGCAGUCCUACCGAGCUGCAGUACCGCAGGUGCAUCCAGGAGUUCAUUGGCCUCCACUUGGAGGAAAGCUAGGGCCUGGCAGGCCGGGCAGCUGAGGGACCCCUACCUUGACCCCAGCCUACCCGGCCCAGAAGUCCUGCAUGUCCCUGAAGACCCUAGCCCCUCAUCUAGCCACAGCCCUGCCUGUGACAACUGUGGGCCCAUCCCUACAGCCCAGUACCUUGGCAUUUCUGGAGUCCCCACUUUCCUGCUCGUCCCUCCUUCUGGCUACUUUAAUGCUCAGCCAGAGGACAGGGACCCAAGCACUGAAUUUUUUGAAGCCCCACUUUUGGGGGAUGGGGUGCUGCAUCAUCUGUUGCCCCUCGUCUCACCUGGGGAACCUCUGUCUUCAGGUGGUCCUUUCUUCAGGGGUCUGGGCUGUCCAUGGGACAAACCACUCUUGAGGUCCAUGUCACCUUAUACCCCUCUGCCCUCAGGGCCUAUUUCACCUUGUGCCCCUAUGUUUACUGCCCCAGAACACUGACCUGCUAGCUAGGUCCUUCCUACAUACCCCCAGAGCCCUCCCUCCAGCCUGGGGCUGGUGGCUGGCCACCAGCACCUUCCCUGGCAGGAGUUGGCAGCCCACCCAGGGAAUCAACCUGAGUACCUCGCUCAGUGACCCCAGCAUCCAGGUCGGGCUUUGACGGUGCUGGGAGGUGGAACUUUUGGACCCAGGCUGGACGCAGGCGUCCCAAGGCCACGUGGCUGGCCACUUGGGUCCUGGUGCCUGAGGGCCUAACUCCAUCCCUGCCUUCUCCAGAGGCACUGUCUGGUUUACCUGGGCCAGAGCCCACACCUAACUAAAGCAACUGGCACUUUCCACCGUGUGCCCAAUGUCCUUUGUUACUGACUGAGAGGAUUUUCUACAGCGACCUCAUUCUGACUUUGUCUGCGUCUUUUUUUCUGUGGACUCUCAAGGACCAUCCUGAUCCCAGCUCUUCCUGUGGCUGGAGAGGCCCACAUAGAUGUCCCCUGCCCUGCCCCCAAGCUUCAGUCCUUGGGCUGGGCCUCUGAUAGGUCCAGUGGUCCCUUCUUUGGGGGGCCCACCAAUGCCUUCAAUUUCCUUUUCUCUGGAGGAGUUCCAGGAUAGAGGCUGGGCCCCUCUGCAUACUAUGGAGCCCUUGGCUAGGUCACUAUGCAAAUACUGCCCUGGGAGCAUCCAUGGGCAGUAAGGUAGGCACUGGAUCAGGGCCUCUGACUCCCUUGCUUGAUGGCUGCGGCCCUAAAGAGCAGAAUCGGCUUCUUCCUCCUGCUUGAGCUCUGCCCACCACCUACCCUGCCACCUCCGGGCUGGCAGGAUCCCACUUCCUUCCUGCUCUGAUCACUCUCACUUAAUAAACCUCUGCCGCUUGCA